AUGAUCAAUUCAUUCGAAGGUCACUACAAGUCACGUCGAACUAUCAACCUUGGGGGGAGAAGACAACAAGAAGAUAGGGAAGCACUCGUGAAAAAAACUCACGAUCAACGUAAAGCUAGAGAGAAAGAGCGACUAAAGCAAAAGUCAGCAAUCAAAAUUCAGGCUUUUUAUCGCGGAAGAACUACGGCUGGAACGUUUCGUGAUAAUGAGCGCAAAUCUUGGGAUCAACAAAUCAAAUUCAUGAUAAAUAAUGUAUAUUCUGAGCGUGAUUUGGCUCUGAAUUUGAUUAAUCUCGUGCGCAGCUUUCUCUUUUUUUACCGUUCGCAUUAUGAUGCUCAAAGAAAAUUAAACUUGAAUCAAAUGUUGCGGAAACAAACAAAAGGUUUAGAAGCAGUCUUCUUUCCAUUUUACUACGAUGAUUUACGAGAUUUGUGGACUUACCAAUUAAAACGGACUUUAUUCAUAUUUCUCAAAAAUCUUGAAAUUAAUACUAUGCAACCAGAUCAAAGUAUCUAUAAUUUGGAAACGUUGCUUCUAACCAUGAACAUCUCAAAGUAUCAAAAAAUUCAGAAUAUUAAUAGAGAAGAACUCUAUCAAGGAAUUUUAGAAUACCUUUGUAUACAUGUUGAACUUGCUUUGCACCCUUUACAAAUUUCAUCAUCUUCACACCAAAUCUAUGAUUCAUUUCUACAAAAUUUUAUCACUCAUAUCUUUACAAUUCCACUAAUACCGAAUCGGAUCAAUAUUGAAACUUUAAAAAUAUUUUCUUCUCGGUUACCAUUGAAUGAUAUUAUUCUGAAAUUGUCAACUAUGGUUGGAGCUGUAGAGGAUAUAGAACAAGGAUGUGUACUAUUUGGAAAUUUGCUAGCAUUUGCACAUCAAAAGGUUUCAAAAAUGAAGAUUAAUGUGAUGUUGGCUUAUAUGAAAACAAUUCAAAACCUAGCAUUACGAAUUCCAACUCAGCUAUUAAUUGACAAAUCUGAAAACUCUAAUGAUGCAUUGCCUAAAGUUGAUCCACGAAUUUUAAAGUGGAUUUCUCGCUUGUUUGAUAAGGAGCAUUUGGCUUCAUUUUUCGCACUUGUAGCUUCUUCGGCCAUUUUUGGAGUUUCAAAUUUUUUUAUAACCUUAAUGAUUCGAUGGCCGUCCAAGAAAGUUGUCCUAUUAAACAACAUGAUUUAUGGAAAACGUCCUGUAGUUAGUUUGCUAUGGGGUGCAUUUGAAAAUACAGAAUUGGCUCAAUUAUUAACAAAUAACAAAUCAAACUCAAACACAAUGACGGAUCCCACUUUUUCUGAACAAUGGGGUUUAUUUGCCUUACUCUGUGAGGUAUAUAGUAGAGUUUUGUUUACUAUGGGUGACGAUGAAUUUUUUGAUGAGCGUAAAAAUCCGUUAAGGUUAUCAGAAAUCAUCAAGAUGUCUACUUGUAUGAAGCAUGUGGGAUUUUUGAUAUAUUGGAACAGGAACAAUAGUCCUCCAUUAAAAAUGGAUGUCAGAAUUGAAAGUAGUUGCAUUGAUUUAUAUUAUCUAAGAGAUAUUGUUACCAAACUAUUGCGGCAGAUUCAUGCGAGAGAUUCUCGCCGUCAAUUCACCCCAACAGAUCACUGGUUAAUGACUUCAGAGAUUGACAUGAAUGUUUUUGUGAAAAUUGUAGUUUUAGAUGAGCAAGAUCUUGAAUAUGAUAGUGAUGAUGAAGCUUGUAACUUAGAUAAGAUGCAGAUAGCGAAUAUUAGCCCGAGACUUGGAAUCUUGUAUAAUAUUCCUUUUGUAAUACCAUUUGAGGAGAGGGUUAAAAUCUUUAGAGAAUUUGUUCAGAAUGAUCGUGAACGGAAUAUUAAUCGUGCCGAUUUAUUUAUGCAGCCACGUGCACGUGUUUCAAUUAGACGAAAUUCUGUGUUUGAAGAUGGUUUCAGUAACCUUAAUGCAUUAGGUUCCGGACUGAAAAGUCCGAUUGCUAUUCAAUUCAUUGAUGAAUUUGGAAUGCAAGAAGCUGGUAUUGAUGGUGGUGGCUUAUUUAAGGAAUUUUUGACUUCGUUGACACGUAUUGCGUUUGACACAAAUUACGGGUUAUUCCUUAGUACUAAGGAACAACUUUUAUACCCUAAUCCAUAUGCAUUUUCCAGUCAAGAGCAACUUAGUUACUAUGGAUUUAUUGGUCGUAUAUUAGGCAAAGCUCUAUAUGAAGGAAUUUUGGUUGAUGCCGCAUUUGCCGGCUUCUUUUUAAAUAAAUGGCUAGGAAGAACAUCAUAUUUGGAUGACUUGCCUUCUCUUGAUCCAGAAUUGUAUCAGGGCCUUAUAUAUUUAAAAAACUAUCAAGGCGAUGUUGAAUCGGAUUUAUCACUUAAUUUCACUGUUGUAAAUAAUGAGCUUGGAGUAUCUCGAACUAUUGAACUUAUUCCAGGAGGAAGUGAUAUACCAGUCACCAAUGAAAACCGUAUUAGUUAUAUACAUAGGGUGGCAGAUUAUAGAUUAAAUAAACAAAUAGAACUUCAAUGCGGAGCAUUCUUUGGAGGAUUAUUAGAUUUAAUUAAUCAAAAAUGGUUAAUGAUGUUUAAUCAGGAAGAACUUCAAAUACUUGUUGGAGGAGCAUAUAUUCCGAUAAAUAUUGAAGAUUUAAAACAAAAUACAGAAUAUUCUGAUUACAAGGAAGAUGACCCUGUCAUUAUUAAUUUCUGGAAAGUUGUAACUGAAUUUCCCGAAGAACAAAAACAAAAACUAAUAAAAUUUGUUACUUCGUGUUCUCGACCUCCUUUACUUGGUUUUAAGGAACUUCAUCCUAAGUUCAGUAUACGUAAAGCUGGAUCAGGAACUCGAUUACCUUCCUCCAGUACUUGCGUUAAUUUACUAAAGCUACCAGCUUAUUCUGAUGAAAAUACUUUAAGGGAGAAAUUGUCAUAUGCCAUAAAUGCUGAUGUUGGUUUUGAUCUAUCUUGA